ACAUCUAGAAACCUCUAUCUAGAGUAUAUGUGGCAACAAUGCUCUUGUGCAUUGGGUGAACUCCAGAACCACAGAAACGAUGGGUUAGAAAACUCUCCAAAACUUAAAUGGAUUACAAAGCACUCUCGUUACAAAACCAAACUCAUUAAAUCCUUUACACAAGCCAUAAUUAAUGGUGCAAUGAUUGAGUCUAACGUGAGUCGGAGUUGCGAGUGGUGCGCUGGAGGAGGUGAAGGGACCGGCGCGCACUUGGAUGAAAAUCACUCAGACCACAGUCUGAGCCCGACAGGACACUUGGUAGUCGCGGUGUGCCUUGGAUUCAUCGGAACUUUCGGCUUUCUCAACAACACGCUCGUGCUCGUCCUGUUCUGUCGCUACAAAGUGCUGCGCUCGCCUAUGAACUGUCUCCUGAUCAGCAUCUCAGUGAGCGAUCUGCUGGUCUGCGUACUCGGCACUCCGUUCAGCUUCGCCGCCAGCACGCAGGGUCGCUGGCUCAUCGGGCGCGCGGGAUGCGUGUGGUACGGUUUCAUCAAUUCAUUCCUGGGCGUUGUGUCUCUAAUCUCUCUGGCGGUUCUCUCAUACGAGCGUUACUGCACCAUGAUGGGCUCCACACAGGCCGACUCCACCAACUACCGAAAAGUGGUCAUAGGCAUUGCUUUCUCCUGGAUUUAUUCCAUGGUUUGGACUCUUCCACCACUGUUCGGAUGGAGCUGCUACGGUCCGGAGGGUCCCGGCACCACCUGCAGCGUCAACUGGGCCGCGCGGACUCCCAACAACGUGUCUUACAUUGUCUGUCUGUUUGUCUUCUGCCUUAUUCUCCCUUUUAUCGUGAUCGUCUACAGCUACGGCAGACUCCUUCAGGCUAUCACACAGGUGAGCAGGAUCAAUACGGUGGUGAGUCGUAAACGGGAGCAGCGUGUGCUCUUCAUGGUGGUCACCAUGGUGGUCUGUUACCUGCUUUGCUGGUUGCCAUAUGGGAUAAUGGCGCUGCUGGCUACGUUUGGACAUCCCGGACUGGUGACACCAGCAGCCAGCAUAGUUCCUUCUCUGUUAGCCAAGAGCAGCACCGUCAUAAACCCAAUCAUCUACAUCUUCAUGAACAAACAGUUUUGCAGAUGUUUCCAUGCGCUCAUCAUGUGCACCACCCCAGAGAGAGGCUCCAGCUUUAAAAACUCUUCCAAAGUCACCAAAACUCUCAGGACAGUGCGACGUGCCAACGGCCAGAAUGUGACCUUCGCUGUGGCAUCGGCCGUCCAUCGAACUCCGUACAGCGACAGACAGAAAAGUUCCUCGGAGGGUGAGAAACUCCCUCCAGCUACGGGUCAGGGCACCAGCAAACCUGUUGUCUCUCUUGUGGCCUAUUACAAUGGCUGAGGUUGUACAGUCAGGCAAACCUACGGGGGUAUUAGAGUUGACCGAAAUCAUGGAUCGUGUUAAAAGGUAAUAUAAAUGGAAAGUGGGCGUGUCUUGCAGAGCAGUAUGGAUUAUUGCCAUGCCCCCUCUGGCCACACCCAUCGCUGGCAGUCAUGCCAUGUUGCAUGCACAGCUUAUGAAAAGAAUGGACACUGAACUACUGGAGAAAGGGAUGGCACUACUUUAGUACAUGGAUCUAAUUGUUUGCUGAUGUUUCUUAUGAGUCCGGAUUGUAAAUGUGCUCUCAGAUUGUGGCGUGUUGACUCUCUCUUUGAAACUGAGCAUGAGCCUGUUUUGUAUUUUUUUUCAUCAAGCACAACAUCUUACUGGUGUUUGACAGCCUCUGUAAAAGAGAUUACUUACAUUAAUACUUUUCUUACUGAAAUUUUGCUCCAUUGCUGAAGUUUAAAGGAGUCAUAUUGUUUUAUUCAACCUUUUGAAAUAUGGUAAUAGUGGUUUAACAAUUUCAGUUCAGAAGUAUCACUAUUUUUUUGAGGUUCACAAAGUUUUUUGUCUUCCUCAAUUGCAAGAAAAUAGUGCUAAUGCAUAGCUUCUAUUACACAAUUGUGACUUAUUCUUUUAAAUAUACUGACUUUAUUUUAGCUGUUUCUCACAAUUGCAAAAUUUUUCGCAAUUUUGAAUUCAUACGCUCAUAAUUUGGCGAUUAAAAGUCUGAAUUGUGAGGUAUAAGUUUGAAAAUGUGAUUUGUUGUGGGCUGAAACAAGUUUUGUUAAAAGGACACCUAACAUUUUUGGAAAUAAGCUCUCAUUCUUCCUUGAGUUAAAAGAGUUGAGUAUCAUUUUUGAAUCCACUCAGCUGAUCUCCGAUUCAGGCGGGAACACUUUUAGCUUAGCAUAGAUUAGCAUAAAUCAUUGAAUCACAUUAGACCAUUAGCAUCUCCCUCAAAAAUGAAAGAGUUUCAAUAAUUUUCCUAUUUAAUGAUAGACUCUUCAGUAGUUACAUUGUAUUCUAAGACCAACAAAAGACAUAUAGCUAGGAAUUUUAUGCUCAUUCCGGCAUAAAAGUCAAGGAACGUUGCUGCCGUACCAUGACUACAGCAUGAGCAAUGAUAAUACACCUAAAAAUCAUCUAACAUCUCUCAAUAUAACCAACCAGUGAUUAUUUUUGAUAUGCCAGGUUAUUUUUGACUGUGAUGCUAAUGGUCUUAUUCAAUUCAAUGGUAUAUGCUAAGCUAAGCUAAAUGUGCUCCCACCAUAAACAAAGAUUAACUGAAGGGAUUCGAACUUGAUAAAACUGAACUGUUUUACUCUAGUGGAGUUAUAAAUAAACAGGCUCAUUCUGAAAACGUAGCCCUAUAUACAUUUCUGAAGAUUGCUAAUUAUGUUGCCAAAAGUAGGUAUGGCUGCAUUUUGUCUUUAAAAGAAGUCUACGGGGCGGUAUGACGCUGUUCUUUUUCUUACUAGCUGACCGAUUACCUCCAUAUGCAAUUGGUGCUUUUGAAAACUCUAUUGGUUGGGUUUAAAGGAGGAGGAAAGUGGGUCAGGCGAUCGGUCACUCAGUCAGUCAGUCAGUCAGUCAGUCAGGUGACAGCAGCCUCUAGUGGAUUUACGUACAAACGGCAGACACGAA